AUGUUAAAAAUUAUCCUCCCAACAACCAUACUCCUCCCAGUAGCCCUCCUGUCACCACCCAAAUUUUUAUGGACCAACACCACAGCAUACAGCCUCCUAAUUGCUUUAAUCAGCCUACAAUGACUUACCCCAUCAUACUACCCACUAAAAACCCUAACCCCCUGAAUAUGCACCGACCAAAUCUCAUCCCCCCUACUAGUCUUAUCCUGCUGAUUCUUACCCCUCAUAAUACUAGCAAGCCAAGGCCACCUUCAACACGAACCCCAAACACGAAAACGCAUAUUCAUUUCAACCCUAAUCAUCAUCCAACCGUUCAUCAUCCUAGCAUUCUCAGCUACAGAACUCAUACUAUUCUACAUUUCAUUCGAAGCAACCCUAAUCCCCACCCUGAUCCUCAUUACACGAUGAGGGAACCAACCUGAACGACUCAGCGCUGGCAUUUACCUCCUAUUCUAUACCCUAAUCAGCUCCCUACCCCUACUAAUCUCAAUCCUCUACCUCCACUCAAAAACCGGAACCCUACAUCUUCCAGUUCUCAAACUAACCCACCCCAGCCUACCAACCUCAUGAACCACACUACUAGCAACCCUAGCCCUACUAGUAGCAUUUAUAGUCAAAGCACCCCUAUACGGCCUCCACCUCUGACUACCCAAGGCCCAUGUAGAAGCACCUAUCGCAGGCUCAAUACUACUCGCCGCUCUACUGCUAAAACUAGGGGGAUAUGGUAUCAUACGAAUAACCUUAUUAAUAGGAUCCACAUCCAAUUUCCUACACUACCCGUUCCUUACCCUAGCCUUAUGAGGAGCCCUAAUAACUAGCUCUAUCUGCCUACGCCAAACAGACCUAAAAUCCCUUAUCGCCUACUCCUCCGUAAGCCACAUGGGCCUAGUAAUCGCUGCAGGUAUGAUCCAAACCCACUGAUCAUUCUCAGGGGCAAUAAUCCUUAUAAUCUCCCACGGAUUCACCUCCUCAUUACUAUUCUGCCUAGCUAACACAAACUAUGAGCGAACACAUAGCCGCAUCCUCGUCCUCACACGAGGCCUACAACCCCUCCUACCUCUCAUAGGACUAUGAUGACUACUAGCAAACCUAACUAACAUAGCCCUACCACCAACAACCAACCUCAUAGCAGAAUUAACAAUUAUAAUUGCCCUUUUCAACUGAUCUUCUCCAACAAUUAUCUUAACCGGAACAGCAACACUACUAACAGCCACCUACACCCUCUACAUACUCCUAUCAACCCAACGAGGUACGCUACCAUCCCACAUUACAUCAACCCUGAACUCAAACACACGAGAACAUCUCCUCAUAAUCCUCCACAUCAUCCCUAUACUAGCCCUUAUCCUAAAACCAGACCUGAUCUCAGGAACUCCUCUAU